CGGCGGAGGGCCCGGGCGGUGAGUGCGGCCCGGGGCUCCCGGUGUGCCGUGUUCGGCCCCGCGGGCUGGAUGCCGGUGCUCGGUGAAGGGAUCUGGGCCGUGGGGCUUGUGGUACGCGUCCUCGUACGCGGUGAAGGGUCCGUUCGGUCGCGUCGCUGUGGAUAGCCGAUCACGGGUCCCGGUUUGCUGGGCUCUGUCAGCCGCAGAGGGACCGGGCUUGGCGAGAUCCGUGUCUCUCCCCGGUGCCCGGUAAGCGGCUCAGCUGUACCCGGCCCCAGCCUCGGCGAGGGCGCGGUCUGGGGGGCUCUCUCGGUCUCAGUGCUUGAUGAGGAGCCCGGUGUGGGGGCCCGGGAGGCAGCGCCCCGGACCCCACUCAGGGUCGCGGUGUGCGGGACUGUGCGAGCCCCGCUGUCCGCUGAGGCUCCCGGUCUGGGCCUUCUGACCCAGCCCAGCGAGGGCUCUGGACCCGCUGGGCUCUGAGCGCCAGUGCCCUCCGAGGUUUCGGGGUGGUUGAGCCCCCGACCCCGCUCGAGCAGCCCAGGCCGAGCCCUGUGGGGUUCGAGCCGUGCAGCCCUGCCCACCGUCCCGGCUGUGACAGUCCCUGCCCGCCCCGCCAUGCCGGCCCGCGGCCCCUCGGGGUCCCGCCGGCCGCUGCUGGCCCUGCUGGUGGCCCUGGGCUGGCUGCUGGCGCUGCAGCUGCUGCUGGACCUGCGGGCGCUGGGGCUGCUGUGCGGGGCGCUGGCCGUGCUGGGGGGCUGGCUGGGCCCCCCGGCCCUGCUUCCCCGCGGCCGCCGCCUGCGCCUGGAGCGCUUCGUCAGCUCCCUGCGGGCCCCGGCCGGCAGCCCUGCGGACGAAGGCCGCCUGGAGAAGGAGAUCGCCAGCACCGUCCGCAAGGUGGUGCGGGACUUCGUGGCCUCGUGGUACCGCACGGUGAGCAGAGAGCCGGCCUUCGAGGCCGAGGUGGAGAGGGCCAUGCUGGGACUGGCCGCGGAGCUACGGCGGCGGAUGAAGCGGGUGGAUCGGCGAGCGCUGGCCCGCCGCCUGCUCCUGCUCUGCGGGCAGCACCUGCAGAGCUUCCUGCGGGCUCGGGACGCCCUGAGGGCUGACCCCAAGGGCGGCCGGACGCUGUGGAGGGAGUACAGCCGGCUGGCAGGGCCGCACCCCGCGCUGCUGAGCCCCGCGGCCGAGGUGGGCUGUGCCCGCGCCGCUGUGGACGCGCUGCUGCGGGCGCUGGUGCCCUGGCCGCACCUGGAGACACGGACGGGACGUUUCGUGGUGGUGGAGCUGGUGGCCUGCAACGUGCUGCUGCCGGCCAUCAGGAAGAUGUCCGAUCCCGACUGGAUCAACCUGCUGCUCAUUGGGGCGUUUUCUAAGAAGCCCCGGGGUGGGAAGCCCCACCCUGCACCCCCCGUGCCGGAUUCCUUGCCUUUCCCGGCACAGAUGGACCCAGUUCCCCCCGGGCUCUCCCUGUCCCCGAGGGCUGCCGAGGGGCUCAGGAGAGAGGCAGGGGCUGCUGGAGAGGAGGGAGAGGAGGCGAGCAGAUCAUGCCAUGCAGAGGAACCCUUCCUGCGCCCUCAAGCCCUGGGAUCCCUCUUCCCCUGUGACGGUUUGGAGCUGGAAUCCCCCAUGCCUGACGUGGGGCAGGACGUGGAGCUUCUGGCUCCUUCCCCUGCUGGAGAGCUCCUUGAUGAGCACCCCCAGGACCCUUCUGUGCCAGAGGGAACACCUGCCUCGGAGGAUGGCACAGGGGACCUGGACCACGGCCCUGGCCCCAGCUCAGAUGCUGGCCUGCUUCCCACCUCUGCUUUGAGCUCCUGCCCUGACAUCCAGAUCGAGCCAGCGGCUGAGAAGGAGGAGGAAAGCCCAGCUGUCCACAGGAGGUUCUCCUCACAAAGACCCUCCAGCCUGGGGAGAGAUCUGGGGGCAGCAGAAGGCCCAGCACCGUUUCCCCCAGAGCCUGGGCAGAGCCUGCCUCUGCUGUCAUCCUCCCCUACAGCUUCCAUGAGCACCUUCAGCUUCGAGCCCCUGAGCAGCCCCGAGGGGCCGGUGGUCAUCCAGAACCUGCGGAUCACCGGGACCAUCACUGCCCGGGAGCACAGCGGGACCGGCUUCCACCCUUACACCCUCUACACCGUCAAGUAUGAGACAGCCCUGGAGGGCGAGGCGGCGGGCAGCCUGCAGCAGGUGGCUUAUCACACCGUGAACCGCCGCUACCGCGAGUUCCUCAACCUGCAGACGCGGCUGGAGGAGAAGCCGGAGCUCCGCAAGUUCCUGAAAAAUAUCAAAGGACCAAAGAAACUGUUCCCUGAUCUGCCAUUUGGAAACAUGGACAGCGAUAAAGUGGAAGCCAGGAAAAGUCUGCUGGAAUCUUUCCUGAAGCAAUUGUGUGCAGUCCCUGAGAUUGCAAACAGUGAGGAGGUGCAGGAAUUCCUGGCCCUCAACACCGACGCCAGGAUCGCCUUUGUCAAGAAGCCCUUCGUUGUCUCCAGGAUAGACAAGAUUGUUGUCAAUGCCAUCGUGGACACCUUGAAGACAGCGUUCCCCAGGUCAGAGCCCCAGAGCCCCACGGAGGAUCUGAGCGAGUCAGAAGUGGAUGGGAAAUCCCAGACAGACGGGAAGAAAAGCAAGUCCAGGCUGAGGUUCUCAUCCAGUAAAAUCACUCCAGUGCUGAGUGUGAGUGAAGCUCAUGACAGGAUCGUGUACUCCAUCAGGGAGGGCAAUGCUGUCUCUGGCACCCUGUCCCUGGCUGCUAUGGAAUCCUUCAUCCAGAAGCAGGAGAAGCUGCUGGAAGCAGUCCCCAGCAAAGCUCCUGAAGGCCAGGGAGGCAGAGAAGCCAAGGAAAUCUCUGUGCAGGAAGAAAUGGAUGGGCUGAGCACUGCAGAGCAGGGAGGACAUGCAGACACUGACUCUGACUCCGAGACAGCUUUGGCUGACCUGGCCCUGGACGUGCUUCGUCUGGUGCUGGUGGAUCACUGGGGCUGGCUGUGCACAGAGAACAUCCAGAAGGUUUUCAACGUGCUUUUUGGGACCCUUGUUCAAAGGUGGCUGGAAGUGCAGAUGGUUACCCUGACCUGCACCCAGCGCUGGGUCCAGUACCUCCAGUUGCUGCAGGAAUCCAUCUGGCCUGGAGGAGUUUUACCAGCAGUGCCUAAACCCCCCAGGACAGAGGAGCAGAAGAAGGCAACAGCAGAGCAGGCCCUGCAGAGCCUGAUGGGGAUCUUGCCCAAUGUGAUCCAGGAAAUCCUUGGGACCAGUAAGUGUCAGAUGAGCUGGAACCUGGUGCUGGAGUCACUCAGCCAGCCUGUGAUAAACAGGCACCUGGUGUUCUGCCUCCUGGACAUUCUGCUGGAGUUCUUGGUUCUGAAGGGCUCUAGCAAGGAGCCUGAGGCUGCAGCUGCCUCAGGCACAGACAAAGAUGGCACAGACAAAGGUGUCCCAGCACUUUAACCAGGCCUGGUGCCCCGGCAGUGGAGGAGAGGAGCAGCCACAGGGAUGGAGUGUUGGAUUUUCAUCCUUUACUGAACGUGCCUGGGAGCUUCCUGUAAGGAAUUUCUCCCUGCAGUGCUAAGUGAAGCUGCUUCCAGGCUUCUCUGUGUCAGCUGGUGAUGGAUCAAACCCAGUGUGAGGGGCCAGAGGUGCUGUGCAGCAUCUGUUCCAUUGCUGACCUGAUGGGGAGCCUGGAAUGAACCAGCCUGACCAGCUGGAGAAGGAACCACAGACCCUUCUGAACAUCUCUAACAUCGACAGAGAGCACAGGAGAUCUGCUUUUGUGGCUUCAGGUCCACCUGGCACUGAGAGUUGGUGUGCUGGGAUCUGCUGCUGAAGGUCUCUGCAGGACAGGGAAGGGGUGCAGAGCUGUCCCUGCUGUCUGAGCAGCCUGCCCUGUGCCUGCUCUGCACCAGCCGUGUCCCCAGAAGGAAGAUGGGGAAAGGAUGGAGUGUGGAGAAGUCCUGGAGUGUGGAGAUGUCCUGAAGUUCAGCAUCCAACUGCCCAAAUACGUGGGAGGUGAGAGCAGGGAUCAGAGGAGCUGCCCUGCCUUAGGGACAGAGAUCAGCUGCUUCUCCCUGCCCCUGCUCUGGUUCUCAGUAGGUGCAGGCAGGCUGGGAUCCUGGCAAAGAGACUCUCCUCAGGCUGGGGAGGAGUGGUGGCUUGGCUGGACUUUAGGACUUGUUUAUGUUGUGCUUUCUGAGUCACCUUUUAGUCCCUGGGACAGUCACCUGGAAGGCACAGGCCAGAGGAGCUGAGCCAUGUGGGACACAGCAGCAAAUCAGCUCCCACACAAACGUGGCUGUCACAGGAAGCUCUGGAAGGGGAACGAGGACCUUGAGCUCAGGGGAAUCCUGGCUGUGUGUCAUGGACAGGCAGUGGGUUAGAGCUGGGAGCACAGCCUGAGCUCUGCUGUUCGUGGCUGUGCCACUGGGCUCUGCUCUGCUGGGCCUGCUGCUGCCACAGCUCCCUGCAGGGCUCUGGAAAGCUGCUCAGGCACGUGGACUUGGAGCUGCUUCUCCAGCUUGUCCAAGACUUGAGUGGCUUUGUGAGCAUUUAAUGUUGCUCAGCAAUCAGGUUCCUGGGAGAACUGAAGGACUCAGAGCAUGCAGCCACAGCCCAGUGUGGUGACCCAGUUUGGUGACCUGCUUGGUGACCAGCUUGGUGACCAGAUUGGUGAUCCAGAUUGGUGACCAGCUUGGUGACCAGCUUGGUGACCAGUUUGGUGACCAAUUUGGUGACUAGUUUGGUGACAUUUGGUGACCAGCUUGGUGACCAGUUUGGUGACAUUUGCUGACCAGUUUGGUGACAUUUGUUGACCAGUUUGGUGACCCAGUUUGAUGACACAGUUUGGUAACCUGUUUUGGUGACCAGCUUGGUGACCAAUUUGGUGACAUUUGGUGACCAAUUUGGUGACCAGUUUGGUGACAUUUGGUGACCAGUUUGGUGACCUGCUGUGCUGUAUUUUCUGGGCGAAGCACAGACUGAGCAGUGCUGCCCUGGGCUGGUGAAGGUUCUCUGCAGAUCCAAGGAGGCUCCACACAGGAGCCAUGCAGGAUCACAGGUGGUGUCUGUGCUGCAGGACCAGGUGGUUUCAUCCCACAGAACAUGGAAUUCCAGGCUGGAAGAGACUGCUGCAGUUUUUUUGGAGCUGGCUGCUCCAUGGCAUGUUUGGAGAGAAGGCAGUGUAACUCCAACAUGCCUGUGCUGCUCUUCCAAAGGAGCUGCUAAAUUAUGGAUACACAACAGUGUGAGCUGCUCUGGGUUUCUGUUGUGUGAAAAUACAGAGAGGGAUCAUUUUGCUGCAAGCAAAUAGAUUUUCAGGGAGCUCUGCGGACAUCCCAAGACCAGGCAGAAUCCAGUGUCAUGAAGCAAAUGAGUCCUUCAUCACCACUGGAGCCAUUUCUCAGCAGGAAGGCUUCAGAGAUGGUACCUUGGCCACCUGCUUGAAGAAGAAAGGAGGUGUGAGUUAAGUGGUUUAAGAGUAGAUGAGGUGGAGAAUGCUUUGGGAUAACCCCAAAUGGCCAAGCAGCAGUUUGGGAAGCAGGACUCAGAUAAACCCUUAAAUAUCUGCUUCUCUUUCACUGCCAGGCUCUGUUUCCCUCCUUUUCCUCCUGCUUCCAUUGGCCACCCCAGCUGUCAGGAGGGGGACAGGGCACCCUGAGCCAGGGGUGAUGCACCUGGGCCUGGUGGCUUCCCAGAUGUUCCUGCUGUUCUUGUUUGCUGUUGCUUCCCAAUGAAUUGUGUGGCUUUGGAGCUCCAGGACUGUGCUCUCUCAUUGAUUAGGGAGAACAUUAAGAGGCUUGGAGUACAAAUUAUCCACUGCCAGCUCCAGGUUAGGGCAAAAGUCUGAAACAGUCCCUACACACACUGGAUGUGGCACUGGAAGGAUGAGCUGACACUUCUCCUUUGCCAGGAAGCCCAAAUUCUCCCAGCUUUUAACCCCCUCUCUGAAAUGAUGCAAAUGACUGAAUAUUCAGUCCUCCAGAUGGAAAUAAUCUGUGAUUUCUGCCAGUUUGGGAGCUUUGGGUGCUUUGCUGUGCUGGUGCAGCGAUGAUUUGGGGUUGUCCCAGCAGCAACAUCCCCCUCUGUGUUAAGAUAGAGAGAGCUGGGACAGAGAGAGAAAGGAGAUUUAUUUAUGUGGCAGAGUGGGAGUGGGGAACAGACCUAAGGAGUUUGAGUUACAGAAUGUUGUUUCACUCUGCAGAACCCCCUUUUUUGUCUCAGAUAUGAGGGGUUGGAGUCCUUUCUCAUGCUCUCACUGGCUGGGCUUCAAAUUGCCAUUCUCUCCUUGUGCAGCCUUGCAGCUGAGGUGAAGUGUCCAGGAACAAAGAGCCCCUCUCUGCAUCGUGUUGUUAAGGACUAAAACCAAUCCAAUAAAACGCUCAGCUUUUUCAUCUACUGUGAGUUCUUUGCCUCCCUGUGAUUUUGGGAUUCAAUUGAGCACAAUGGUGGCAGAUACAAACUGCUGCAUUCAGGUGUGCUGAAAGUUUAUUUCCAUUGGACUAAGACUAGAAAAACUGCUCUGGUAAAACAAACAAAGUUGACAAGAAAGCUUAAGCUUGCUCAGUGUGUCAUAUUCCCAGCAAGCUCCUUUUUUUCUGCAGGAAUUUGUAGGAGGAAUUUGCAGGAGAAAUUUGCAGAAGGCUCCAGCCACCUCUCUAAAGGGUGGGUGGUGAGAGCAGCCAGAUUUGACCUCAAGAAGGAGUUGCAGCUUUGUGUCACGUUAGGUCAAGAGCAGUACCUGCCUCAGGUGGGUGCUCAGCUCUCCCUCUCCAGGUCCUUCAGCCCUGUGUGAUCUGCCUCCAGCCCAACACUUGAUGAUUUUGUGAAGUGUUCCCCUUCCCACUGCCUUAGUGUCCCACAGCUGACUGGAAGCUUCCUGGAAGCAGGGACUGCUCCUGUGUAUGACUGUGCAGUGGUGUAGAGCUCCAAGGCACCACUCUGAGCUAAAUAACUAUUAAAUUGUGUUUUUAGGGGAAAAAAGUCCCACCAUGCACUGACUCCCUGUCCCAUUUCCUGUACUCAACCCUUUGUAUCAGCUGUUUGUGGUGCUCUUGGAGUCUGUGUGGAAUUCUGCUGUCUGGAAAACCCAUUUAAUUGUUAAAUGGGGAGCAAACCUUCACUCCCAUGUACUUGUGUGCAAUAAGACUUUAUUUCAAACUUA